AUGUCUACAACCAAGCCCAAGAUUUUGUUUGUGCUCUCUUCUCACUCGGCCGGAUGGUAUCUGCCAGAAUUUGCACACCCCUACGAAGUGCUAUCACCACAUGUCGACAUGACCGUAGCCUCUCCAACAGGCACCUCGACAGUCGACCCCAUUUCCGUGAGACUCUUCAAAGACGACGCAUACUGCCAAGAGUUCUACAACACCAAGCAAGACAUCUGGACCUCCACAGAGAAGCUGUCUUCCAUGCUGGGUCGCGCUAAAGAAUUUGAUGUCAUCUUUGUUGUCGGUGGAUUUGGACCCAUGUACGAUCUCGCAACAGACCAGAAUUGCAUCCAACUAAUCCGCGAAUUCCACGACGCCAACCGCAUCAUCGUCGCUCUUUGCCACGGCUCAGCCGCCCUUGUAAACGUCAAGCUAGCCGACGGGUCGCCCAUUCUCGCAAAUCAUCGCGUUACCGGUUUCAGCAACUUGGAGGAGGAGCAGGCAUACGGAAAUAAAAUAGUCCCACCAGGUAUGCCGUUUAGCCUUGAAGAUGCUCUGAACAAGGCUAGCGAUGGGAAGUACGAGAAGGCCAGUGAGGCUUGGAGCCCGCAUGUCAUUGUGGAACCGUCUCGGAAGCUGCUGUUCGGGCAGAAUCCCAAUAGCGCUCGUCCUUUGGGUGAGGCAUUACUGAAGGUUUUGCAAGAUGGGUAG